AAAAGCGACAAGCAGGUAAACAAACAGUUGUUCGAUGAGACCUUGGGUUGGUUUUUAGUUUGAUAAACACUCUUCCUGAUGUAUUUACGGUCUAUAACAACAGUUAAAAGAUACAGAAAAGGCUGAAGAAAUGAAGGCAUGAUUUGUAGGUGCUGACACUUUCAGGUUUGGAACCGCUAGCUGAAUGGUUUGUUUUGGCUAGUAAAGGUGACAGCUGACGGGACAAGUCGAGCUGUUUAAGGUCGGUGUUUGAUCAGCAGGGGAUAAAAUGAACUGGCAAGAAUCUGUUCGCGAAACGGAUGUUUCCCAUUUUCAAAAUACCGUCUGAUGAAAAUAGUGUCAGAUAAAAAUGUUAACAUCUGUGUUAACAUUUUUGAUCCUAGGAUCAGCAUUGAAAGCGCCUCAGUGCUGAUCCUCAAUUAGCAUUGAGGAGCAAAUACUGAUUGGCUCCUUAAUGCUGAUUGAGGAUCCAAUCAGCAUUACAUAGUUAACAGGACAAGGCACUACUCUGACAUUUCUGGUGUUUGCUGACUGCUGCUGACUAGUCUGAAGGAGCAGAGUAGUGGAGUUGCGGCAGAGGUGAGGGGGAAGCUGAGAUGGCAGAGCUACAUCUGGGUCCAACCAGGAGUUUUGCACAGCUGAAUAAUUACCACCAUGGGAGAUGAAAGGAUUUCUCAUACAUGCAUGAAAGGAUCGAGGCAAUACUUAAGGUAUUUGACAGAUGCAGAUAACUCUGAGUCAGGACUCAUGACAUGAUUACAAGUUCAUCUGUACCCAUCAGUGAUGUCUGUGAGCACCCUCCUGCGAUGCACCUCUAGGUCACAGAGGCAGCAGGCGAUGGCCUUUCUAGUCCAGCAGAGAGCUCUGUCAGCUGCAGAGGCUGUCAAUGCUCUCAGACCAUUUUAUUUUGCUGUUCAUCCAGACUUCUUUGGUCAAUUCCCCAGAGAACGGGAAGUAAAUGAAAAUUCUUUGAAACAAUUAAAUGGAUACAUGGAAAAUUUGCAGAAGCCUGGCUUAAAGUUAGUUCGGCCAAUAAAGCUCACCUUUUAUAUCAGGGACACUAAGGAGAGCACUGAGAAGCAGCCAGGCAUCGUCUCUUCAGGUUUCCGGUCUGUGAGUUUCAUUCUACACACAAAUGAUAUCUUGAGUACCGUGAUGAACGUGCUGACAUCCUGCAGCUUGCCUGUGGAGCACAUAGAGAGACAUGAAAAAAGCUUUGGGACAUGUAAAGGUGGGCCUGACGCAGGAGAGUCUUUUCAUAGACCCAUAAAAUGGGAUAAAAGCUACUACACCUUCACUGGGUUCAGAGAUCCUGAGCAGGAGCUGCAGCAGACCAAGAGAAUGGAACCGACACUCCAUGGUUGGCUGAGAAACAGCGAACCUGAGGCAACAAAGAAACACAAUGCUAGUCUUCCACGGAGGGAAGAGCUGAGCAGAUUGAAGAAGGAACUGUGUGAAAAGUUUCUUUUGGCAGAUAUCAGGUGGCAGCGCAGCUGGGGAGUGGCUCAUAAGUGCUCUCAGCUUCAGAGUCUGACCCGACUGUCUCACCAGAACCCAAAGGAGCUGAUCAAUCUGCAAGGCCAUACUGUUGUGUUCACUGACCAGUCGGGCAUGAAUGCUUCUGGAGACGUCAUGCUGGGAACCAUGGAUGUUCACCAUCAGUGGACCAAAUUAUUGCAGCAGCUGCCCAGCUAUCGGAGUCUCCAGCAGCAAACAGACUGGUUGAAGGAAAGAAUCAGUUGCCUUCUGGGUGGAUCCCAAGUAAUCCAUGUCGGACCAGUCCAGCCCAUCGCUGAGCAUUACAGUGCACUAAAUGCUUUUCACAAGAGCCUGAUGUCCCGACGCCUGCACCUGCAUCCCAGGAGCCUGCAUGGCCUUACCAUGGUGCUGGACAAUGAUCGCUCUACACCUCGUCUCCAUGAGAUGGGGCACUUCAUCAUCCCCAUCAACUGUGACCCUCUCAGGCUCCAGCUGUUCCUCCAGAGCCAGGCCCCUGAGGCCAGACGUCGCAGCCUGCAAACACAUCAGUUGCAGGUAGAAGAGGAGCAGGCGGUGCAGCUCUGUGUCCAGAGGCUGUCUCUGAGGGGCCUCUCCAAGGAGCCCAGCUUGAGCUCCAGUCACAUGAUUCUCUGCUGCAGGAGACUCAUAGAGCAUCAUCCCCCACUGCUGCAGGGACUGCAUGUCUGUGUCUCCCACUUUUACUCUGUCAUGCAGGACGGCGACCUAUGUGUCCCCUGGGACUGGAAGAGCUGAGACAAUCCUUCAGAGAAAAAAAAAAAUAUAUAUAUAUGUUUUAUGGCUACUGUGGAUUCAACUCUGAGAAAGGUUUUGUAUUCACAAUCUAAAA